AAAAGAUGCUAAAAAGGAUCUUUUCUUACGUGUACAACUUCUCAACCUUUCUUCUUCUUCAUCAUCUCUGCUCUCUGCUUCGUCGUCCUUCCUCCCUCUCAAUUCAUUCACCGGCGUUGACGACCCGUCGCAGCUCAGGACGAAGAUUGUACGGAUUGUAAAUUUUAUUAUAAUGUCGAUGAGCAAUUCGUUGAAGAAGCUCUCGUCUUGUGUUCUUAUUGAUCUCGACGGAACCCUAAUCAACACAGAUGGUGUAGUGAGUGAUAUAUUGAGGAAGUAUUUAAGUAAAUAUGGAAAGCAGUGGGAUGGGAGAGAGGCGCUGAAGAUAGUGGGGAAGACUCCGUUAGAAGCUGCGACUACCAUUGUUGAAGAUUAUGGACUUCCUUGUGGUGUUGAUGAGUUCAAUUCUGAGUUUUACCCUUUGUUCUCUGCUCAGAUGGAUAAGAUCAAGUCUCUUCCUGGUGCUAAUAGGUUGAUUCGGCAUUUGAAUGGGCAUGGUGUGCCUAUGGCAUUGGCUUCUAACUCUUCAAGGGCUAAUAUUGAAUCCAAGAUCUCUUAUCAUCAAGGUUGGAAGGAAUGCUUCUCGGUUAUUGUUGGUAGUGAUGAAGUUUCCAAAGGAAAGCCUUCUCCUGAUAUUUUUCUGGAAGCAGCGAGGAAGUUGAAUAAAGAUCCUGGAGAGUGUUUGGUUAUUGAAGAUUCUGUGCCUGGUGUUUUGGCUGGUAAAGCUGCUGGGGCCUCAGUGAUUGCUGUGCCUUCUUUGCCUAAACAAACUCAUCUCUAUACUUCUGCAGACGAAGUCAUUAAUUCUCUGCUUGACUUAAAACCUGAGAAAUGGGGUCUUCCUCCAUUUCAAGACUGGAUAGAGAACACUUUGCCUAUCGAUCCUUGGCGUAUAGGAGGUCCAGUUAUCAAAGGAUUUGGCCGUGGCUCUAAAGUACUCGGAAUCCCCACAGCUAACUUGUCAACAAAGGAUUACGCUGAGGAGCUAGUGGAGCAUCCUUCGGGAGUGUACUUUGGUUGGGCGGGGUUAGCAACGAGAGGUGUCUUUAAAAUGGUCAUGAGCAUUGGUUGGAAUCCUUAUUUCAACAACACUGAGAAAACUAUUGAGCCAUGGUUGCUUCACGAUUUCACUGAAGAUUUCUAUGGAGAAGAGCUACGUCUUAUAAUCGUUGGUUAUAUACGUCCUGAGGCUAACUUCCCUUCACUGGAGAGUCUGGUCGCAAAGAUUCACGCGGACAGGGAAGUUGCAGAGAAGGCUCUUGAUCUUCCAUCGUAUGCUAAGUUUAAAGAUGAUCCUUACCUGACUAAAUGAUCAAAAUCAUUUUAUGUAAAGAAUCAAAAACUCUUUUUUUUUUCCUCACAUUCUUGAUUAUGAAUUGAUUUUAUAAUCAAACUCGAUGAUUGUUUUCGAAACUC